AUGUUUCCCAGCGCAGUCACCGCACUGACAGGAGCCGGGAGAAGCCGGAGCCCGGAGCGCGCCGGCCGGGAGCGCGCUUGCCUAGGAAAGCGCGAGGCGGACGAGCGAGCGAGCGGGAAGGAGGGGGCCGAGCGCCCGGUGGCCAGGGGGCGGAGUCGAGCCGCGCGACCCCGAGUCCGGCGUGGAAGACGCGAGCCUGGGGCGGGAGAAGCGGUGGCCUCCCUGACGGGGCCGGCGGAGUCGGCGGGGCCAGGCCGGGCGACCCCCGAAAGGCUCUGCGGAGUGAGACCCAAGCGAGCCGCCGGGAUGGCAAGAAGAGACCGGGGGGAACAGGGAGCACACGCUCUGGAGGGUGCGGGGGCGGGCUCGGGGACAGGGGCGGAGCUACACCCCGAGGCGUGCAACUCGUGGAGAGUGAGGGGAGGAGUGAGAGCGAGCGAACGAGCGAGGAAGCUCGGCUGUCGAGUGCCGGGAGCGGGAAGAAGCCGGGCCCAGCCUGAGUGGGAUCGAGCGAGGCUCCUGGGCGCGCGAGUAGCGCGGGAUUGGCUGGGCGGACGCGGUGCGGGGACGCGCGAGGCACGAACGCAGCCUUCUCGGCGGGCCCCAGACAGAAGCAAUCCCCCGCCGAGCCUGCAGCCUCGUCGGUGCGGCCCGCUCGCCGGGGAGCGGCUCUGCGCCUGGUGCGGUCGCACGGUGGGCUCAGCUUCGUGGAAGGCGCGGGUGAACCUAGAGGUGGCUGCGGGAGCUGCCUGGGCGGCAGACGGUGGCUGCUGGGACAAGUGUCUCCCGUGGGCGGAGGCGGCUGACCCUGGGCCGCCUGAGCUGUGACCCACAGUCAGCUCUCCCAGACGGGAUUUCGGUCUCGCCGGGCUUUAGCCCCUUCUCCGAGACCGCCUAGCGAAGGAACCUGGCCAAGGAAGCCUCGGCGGCGGCGGCUGGACGUGUGGAGUGGAGAUCGUCGCUUCCUCUCUGCCGUACCCUGGUUGUGGCCCUCAGCAUCCGAGCCAUGACCUGCGCUUCUGGGUGAAAUGCAUCCAGCUACUUAGAAUGAGGGCUUGUGUCCCACGCUUGGAAGCACAAUCAGUUGCCGUGGCAUUUAAGUUUCCUUUCAGUAUUUGUGAAAUAUGAAAUUGCCAUGAAAACGUGGUCAAUUUAGUUCCGUGUCCUUUUCAUAAAAUGUUUUCAUCACCUUUGUGUUAUGUAGAUUUGCCCUUUCAUGGCUCUUUAAUUUUUUUUAAAGUGUGUUUUCUCAUUUGCUCACCAUAGUAAGAACUAGAGGCAUAAAAAAAAGUGCCAAAAAUGUGUAAUAAUCCACGCUCAGACACAAAAUCUCAGAGUUGGUUUGAUGAUUCUAUGGAGUUUGUGUUGUUCGGGUUAGAACAUAUUCAACCCUGUUCUCUGAAGGUUCCCAUUGUGUCUUUAAAUCAUAGAGUACAAAAGGAAUGAAGGAUGGAAUUGAGGAAGGGUAAAAUAAUGAAGCUUUUGAAGAUAUGUAUAGCUAGUAUUUCUGACAGUGGAUUAAAUUUUUAAGCCAGAUGGUGAACUGGCCUCCCAUAAUUAUUACCAAAGACCCUGGUUUCAGAAGAGGGACAUAAAUGAGGAAGUGCCCAAAUGAAUCAUUCCUCUCAGACCAACUAAGAAAUAAAGUAGCCGAUCACAUCAUGAGCUUUCAAGCCUAUUUUAUUCCGUGAUGCAUGCAAAUUAUAUAUGACUUGAAAAUUUUAAUAUUUAGAAGUAACUUCUAAACCUGCCCAUCGAUAGGUUCCUUCCAACUUUAAAGAAGGUAAUAGAAUAAAUGAGCACCCCCUCCAACUUAGAAUAUACUGUAGUUAUUCAUGGGGAAGCUACCUAGCACUUUCACAAAUCAGCAACAGAACAGAGGACUUUCUGCCUCUAUAGAAAUAAUGGUCAGAAGAUACCCCUGGAACUGAAACUGCAAGUUGUUGUGAAUUGUAUGAUGUGGGUGCUGGAAACCAACCCCUACAAGAGCAGCAAGUAGUACUCUUAACCACAGAGCCAUCUCUCCAGUCCCAGGAUUAUUUUCUUAAUUUUCUUUUUGAUAGUUCAUUUUUAGUGUAUAGAAACACUAUAUUGCACACUUUGAAAUGUAUAAAAUAGUGAAAUUAUAUAAAUUUUACUACAGUAAAAAAGUUGGAGAUAACUAUUAUAUAUCAUAUGUUCUAUGUAUAUAUGUCAGAAAUUAAAUCUUCUAUAAGUCAAAUAUCUAGGUUUGGGCACCAACACAGGAAAAAUAAAUAAAAUGUUUUA